AUGAGUGACCUUGACCCAUCGCACUCCCCAGACCAACUCCGCGCAAUUGCUGCCGGAACUACUCGUUUCGUCCUUUCCCAAUGCGAAUCUCAACAUCGUUCAACAAUUAUAAGCAAGACCCGGUUUACGAACGCUGUCCGGGAUAUGGCCGCGACAGAAAACGUCACAAACAUUAAGAACGCCGUUGUAUUUGACCAUGUCAAUUCCCUACUUCAAGAUAUAUACGGUUUCAAACUAAUUGGCAUACGCUCAAAGAAAAGCAACGCUGCCAAACACACAAAUGUUGAAGCAGAUCAUACUACUAGCGCACAACCAGCAGACCAGCCUACAGACUUAGGUUUUAAAGGAGAUCGAUUCAUCCUAAUUAAUACAAUUCCAUUCCCUCCUGAACUAUCAAAGUACACUAUCAACUGGUCUCGAGACACCUUUUUUUCGCUGCCCAAGGAGUCUUCAACUACUAUUGCUCAGGAACCCACGCUACAGAGUACACUCUCAACUUCCCAACAACUUACACUCCAGGGGAUUAUCGCAGUGACCCUCUGCAUCGUCGUUCUUAUGAAAAACAACUGCCUUCAGCAGGAACUCCUUAUUGCUUUAGCAAAAUUCGGGAUUCCCAUUGACGGCACCCUUAUUCCCGUUGUUAACAUGAGAAUCCAGGACGUUCUCAGUCACAUGACCCGGCUUGAGUAUUUGCAGCGUCGUUUAAAUGUCGCAUCGUCAACAAUAGCCGACACGCCCACUUUCGUAAGCGAUGACAUUAUAUUCUACAGUCUCGACAGCCGCGCGCAGACCGAGUUCCCGCCUGAGGCGCUAGCGCGCUUGUGCCAGCAGCUUCUAGCGCUUGAUGACACUGCAAUGCCAGCGCUACAAGAAUCCAUUCGGCUCUCCGUUGGUGACGCAUACGUUGUGUAG